UGGUCAGACGUGAUCACGUGGCACAGCGUUUGCUUUUCCUGUUGUGGUGUGUGUAAACAUUGCACGUUUAUCUGGUUGAAUGUAGCGAUAUAAUCUGACUGCGUGUUACGACGAUGGUGAAGUGUGCAGUCCAAGGAUGCAUAAACAAUAGUGAUCUCAGACCGGGAGAGCAAUCGAGUCGGUCGCGCAAGAGAUUUUUUAGGUUCCCCAAAGACAAGGCCCGAGUGAAAGUGUGGCUGGCCGCUUUACGGGAGACUGAGCGCGAAAUCACCGAUCAGCAUCAGAUAUGCGAGGAUCAUUUCCUGAGCCAUCACAUCACGCCGAACGGCAUCAGUCCAGACGCGAUUCCUGUAAUGCCCCCAUUAGAUGGACCAGUCUGCGGGUGGAGCUCGUGUGAUGAGCAGGACGAGCACCUGGACACAGUUGGGGAGAGCGGAGUUACUGCAGAUGAUUAUUAUGAUGAUGAUUCUGAUGAUGAAGAGUUUGAAGAUGACGAUGAUGACGAAGAAGAAGAUGAUGACGAAGACCACAGUGGUGCACAUGAUCCCCAAGGACAAAAGGACAAGGAUAAAACCCAAGGACAGUGUUUCACUGGAAGUUUAAUUAGCAAUCCCAACAUGUAUUUCGCAUUCCCAACAUUUAACAUGAAUCAACCAAACAGUGGACAAGUCCAGAAUCGCUCUGAUGUCGCUCUUGGACAACUGACCAAACGUUUCAUGCAGCUAAUUCACACAGCUCCAAAUGGAGUCCUUGAUCUCAAUGAGGUUACUCAAAAACUGGGCGCACGAAAGAGGCGGGUGUAUGACAUCACCAAUGUGCUAACUGGUAUCCAUUUAAUCAAAAAGACAUCCAAAAACAAGAUCCAGUGGAUGGGUCCAGGAGCAGUCGGCAGCAUUGGAAACCAGUGGAGCCCUAAGACAAAAGCUGACCUACUUAAUCUGAAGUCAACUGAGGAGGCCCUUGACUGGCUCAUCAAAGACUGCGCCCAACAGCUCUUUGCUCUGACCGACCUCAAAGACAAUGCUGACUCAGCUUAUGUGACAUACGAGGACAUCUGUAAGAUUGGCGUUUUCAAGGACCAGACUAUAAUAGCCGUCAGGGCCCCUGAAGAGACCAAGCUAGAGGUGCCCACUCCCACUGAAGAAUCUAUCCAGAUCCACUUGAAAGGCUCCCGGGGCCCCAUCCAUAUACUGACCUGUGAGACUGAGGGCCCGAAUGAUGCUGUGGAUCCAGCUAACACAGAAUCGCAGCUUGUCAAACCAGCCUACUUUCUAACGCUAGAGGAGAGCCGGAUACACACACAACCACUUAUAUCAGUAAAGGCAUCCAGAAAGUUUAAAUAUCAACGGCGGGGAGACAGUUCAGUGGCCGAAUAUUGUUGUGUCCCGUUGUGUUCGGCUUCCGCAAAGUUCAACUCUGUGCUGAGCUUUCACACUUUCACUGUGGAUGAAGAAAGACGGAAAAAGUGGAUACGCAACAUUCGCCGUGAGGAUCUUAGCCACAAUUCCCAUACAAGAGUCUGCAGUCGCCAUUUUAAGAGCGAUGAUAUGAUUGAGCCAUCGACUCCUAAAGGGCGUCGUAGGCUGAAGAAAGAUGCUGUACCCACCUUAUUCCAGUGGAACAACUUCUCUGCUUCAGAACCACUGCAAAAUUGAACGCUUUGAGGAUCCUGCACCUGUGGACCUCUUGGGACAUAAUUAUUGUUUAGUUCCUGAACCUGCAGCAGUUGCUGUUGCAUUGAAUCAGGCUGUAGAUUCAUUGACUGAAAACAUUGUUUUAUUUAUUUUUUUUAUUUUACAGAUGUUUCAAGUACUAUAGCAGCUGUACAGAGUGCAUAAGGACCUCAAAGAAGAGCCUUUGCUUCUAUCCCCUUAUAAUAGACUUUGUUGGCCUUUUUGGAGAGACCACUGUGCAUAUAUUCAAUCUCCUUGGGUUUAAGACGUCUAUUGUGAAGACUUUUGGUUUGUAAAUAUAUGGAUGAGUAUUUUGAACAUUUGAAAGUAUUUUGUUUUUCUAAAACUAUGAGGAAACUUGAAGGUUGUAUUUUGAAAAUGGUAAAUUGUUUCUUGGACCAUUUGAUAAUGCUGUAAAUUAAUAAAUUCUUUGAUGGAUCUUGGA